AAACCGGAAGUUUGUGCAAUGCAGAGGGCUUCCUCCCCUACACACUUUUCAUAAAGACUGGCGGUCGACAGAAGGGGGAGGGCGCUCUUUGCGUAAGGCGAGAAGGCGGAGCCUGGUCUGCCGCGCUGCCUCUUGUUCUUGCCGCGCUGCCGCGACACUCCUCUUGGGGUGCCCGCCUGGCGCGCUUUGGUCCUCUCUCGCCCUUUCUCCCGCGCGUGUCGCCGGGGUCUCGUGUGCUUUGCGCGCGGGAGAGGAUCACGCGCCAGGAGACAGCCUCGCGCGCACCCUCCACCACCUCCUCUGGCAGUCGGACGGAGCUCGGGUCACUUCCCCACCAUGGCCGAUUACCUGAUCAGUGGCGGCACCGGCUACGUGCCAGACGACGGGCUGACGGCGCAGCAGAUGCUCAACUGCGGAGACGGGCUCACGUACAAUGACUUCCUUAUACUCCCUGGCUACAUAGACUUCACUGCAGACCAAGUGGACUUGACUUCUGCUCUGACCAAGAAGAUAACUUUGAAGACUCCGUUGGUAUCUUCCCCUAUGGACACCGUAACAGAGGCCAGCAUGGCCAUUGCGAUGGCACUCACAGGUGGGAUUGGAUUCAUCCACCAUAAUUGCACCCCAGAAUUCCAGGCCAAUGAAGUACGAAAAGUUAAGAAAUAUGAACAAGGAUUUAUCACAGACCCAGUAAUCCUGAGCCCCAAAGACAGAGUCCGAGACGUUUUCGAAGCGAAAGCCAGACAUGGGUUCUGCGGCAUCCCCAUCACGGACAAUGGGAAGAUGGGCAGCCGGCUGGUGGGGAUUAUCUCAUCCCGAGACAUUGACUUCUUGAAGGAGGAAGAGCAUGACUUGCCUCUUAGUGAGAUCAUGACCAAGCGAGAAGACCUUGUUGUAGCGCCUGCAGGAGUUACGUUAAAAGAAGCCAAUGAAAUUCUGCAGAGGAGUAAAAAAGGCAAGUUGCCCAUUGUUAACGAACAGGAUGAAUUGGUGGCCAUAAUUGCUCGUACGGAUCUGAAGAAAAAUCGGGACUAUCCCCUGGCAUCCAAAGAUGCCAAGAAACAGUUGCUCUGUGGGGCUGCCAUUGGGACCCAUGAAGAUGAUAAAUAUCGUCUUGACCUCCUUGUGCAGGCUGGUGUGGAUGUUGUUGUGUUGGAUUCUUCUCAAGGGAACUCAAUUUUCCAGAUCAACAUGAUCAAAUAUAUCAAAGAGAAAUACCCCAACCUGCAGGUCAUUGGAGGCAAUGUGGUGACAGCAGCUCAGGCAAAGAACUUGAUCGAUGCCGGGGCGGAUGCCUUGAGGGUUGGCAUGGGCAGCGGGUCCAUCUGCAUCACGCAAGAAGUCUUGGCAUGUGGGAGACCUCAGGCCACAGCAGUGUACAAAGUGUCUGAGUACGCCCGGAGGUUUGGUGUGCCAGUGAUUGCAGAUGGUGGCAUCCAGAAUGUUGGCCACAUCGCCAAGGCCCUGGCACUUGGUGCUUCUACAGUGAUGAUGGGCUCCCUUCUGGCUGCCACCACAGAAGCCCCAGGGGAAUAUUUCUUCUCUGACGGGAUCCGACUGAAAAAAUACCGGGGCAUGGGAUCACUUGAUGCCAUGGACAAAAACCUUGGCAGUCAGAACAGAUACUUCAGUGAGACGGAUAAAAUCAAAGUGGCACAGGGGGUUUCUGGUGCCGUGCAGGAUAAGGGCUCCAUCCACAAGUUCAUACCAUACCUGAUUGCUGGCAUCCAGCACUCCUGCCAAGAUAUUGGUGCCAAGAGCGUCACCCAAGUUAGGGCCAUGAUGUAUUCAGGAGAGCUGAAAUUCGAAAAGAGAACAACGUCUGCCCAGGUGGAAGGAGGGGUUCACAGUCUCCACUCAUACGAGAAACGCCUUUUCUGAUGAAGGUCCCCUUCGCCUUUCAACAGCCUCUUUGCCCUGUGGGUGCCUGUGCUGCCCUUCUCAUGAACUGCUCUCUUCAUGAAGUGCCAUUUUGCUAGAAGGGCUGGUGCUGCUCGUGGCUCCCUGCCCAUUGGUUCAUCAGCUAUCUUGACCAAGGCUGAAGAGAAUGCAUCAGCCUAUUCCAGAGGAAGUGCUGUCACUUGAAUGAGGCUCUUGAGAAGGGCCCUGUACGGGUGUUGAUGUGUGUUUUUACAAUAAAACAGAGGAGAAGGAGCAUUUUCUGCCUUCUUCCUGAUGAAAUGCA